UUCUGGACAGAAUUUCAAACCUCCCUAGUGGCAAUCCCGUAAUUAACACCCGAACCCACGCCCGGAAAUUCAACUCCUCCCGAGUCUUAUAGGGGUCGCUCCUCUAGCCUUCGUUCUGUGUCUUUCAGCUUCGCCCCCAGCAGAAGAAGAGAGGAAGAGCGCAUUUUUCAUCGUCCAAGCAAGACCCGGAAGCAGAGGAACUCAAGAAAUCGCUCCGUUCACUCAUUCAAGCGCAAACCCAGAAACAAAAGCACCGUCGACAUGGCCAACAGCUUCUCUCCAUCGCCGCGGCCCUGCCUCUUUCUGAUCUCGGCCGUCGUCCUAGCGAGCCUCCUCUUCUCCGCCGUCCGCGGCGGCGGGGUCGGCGAGCACGGCCGCCACCACCUGGGGUGGGCUGGCGGCGCCGGAGCCGCCAGAUCGCGCUGCGAGGGGUCGAUAGCCGAGUGCCUGGCGGCGGGCGGCGACGGCGAGGGGGAGUUCGAUCUGGACUCGGAGUCGAACCGGCGCAUCCUGGCGACGACCAGCUACAUCAGCUACGGGGCGCUGCAGAGGAACACCGUGCCCUGCUCCCGGCGCGGCGCGUCGUACUACAACUGCCAGACCGGCGCGAGCUCCAACCCUUACUCCCGCGGGUGCAGCGCCAUCACAAGGUGCAGGAGCUGAAUCGUCUUUUUUUUUCCCACAAUUUUUUUAAUCUUUUUUUCCUUUUUUUUGGGGUUUUUUUUUUUACCUUCAUUUUUCUUAUUUGUUGGGUUUUGGUGGGUCCGAUUGAUU